UUAUGUGGACCUCACCCAAAGCUCCCCUUACCUUCGCCUAAUCCUCGCCACCGACCUCAUCUCAAAUCUGGCGGGGAAACUUCAAAAUUCACAAACCCAUUUAGAGGGAAACUCAAAAUCUUCAAAAAGUUUCAAAAUCUUCCAUUAUAUUCGCAUAAUAAUCAUUUAAUAUCUAUUUAUAUACAACUCUGUCCAUUGCAGAUUUUCGAGUUCUUCACAGGAAUAAUAGUAUACAAUAGUCUGUUCGACAAAAUUCCUCAGAGAGUAGAAUCUUGAAGAUUGCCAGGAAAAAAAUGUAUGUGGUGAAAAGGGAUGGGAGACAGGAGACGGUGCACUUCGACAAGAUAACGGCACGGCUGAAGAAGUUGAGUUAUGGGCUGAGCAGUGAACACUGUGAUCCGGUGCUUGUGGCGCAAAAGGUCUGUGCAGGGGUCUACAAGGGCGUUACCACUAGUCAGCUUGAUGAGUUGGCUGCCGAGACUGCUGCUGCCAUGACAGCCAACCACCCUGACUAUGCUUCUUUGGCUGCGAGGAUUGCUGUUUCAAAUUUGCACAAGAACACAAAGAAAUCAUUUUCUGAGACGAUUAAAGAAAUGUACAGCCAUGUGAGUGAGCGGUCAGGAUUAAGGGCUCCUUUGAUUGCAGAUGAUGUUUAUGAGAUAAUAAUGAAGAAUUCUGCUCGUCUUGAUAGUGAGAUCAUAUAUGACAGAGACUUUGAUUAUGAUUUCUUUGGUUUUAAAACUCUUGAGAGAUCUUAUCUCUUAAAGAUCAGAGGGAAGGUUGUCGAAAGACCUCAGCACAUGUUGAUGAGAGUUUCUGUUGGGAUCCACAAGGACAAUAUAGAUGCAGCUCUCAAAACAUAUCAUCUAUUGUCUCAGCGAUGGUUUACACAUGCAUCUCCUACCCUUUUUAAUGCUGGAACACCAAGGCCACAAUUGAGCAGCUGUUUCUUGAUAUGCAUGAAAGAAGAUAGCAUUGAGGGCAUUUAUGAUACUUUGAAAGAGUGUGCUGUUAUCAGCAAAUCAGCUGGGGGAAUCGGUGUCUCUGUUCAUAACAUCCGGGCUACUGGAAGUUACAUUCGUGGAACAAAUGGGGCAUCCAAUGGCAUUGUUCCAAUGCUGCGAGUGUUCAAUGACACAGCUCGGUAUGUGGACCAGGGAGGUGGCAAGAGGAAAGGUGCUUUUGCUGUGUACCUUGAACCAUGGCAUGCUGAUAUCUUUGAGUUUCUGGAUUUAAGGAAAAACCAUGGAAAGGAAGAGCACCGUGCUAGAGAUCUAUUUUAUGCUCUUUGGGUGCCUGAUUUAUUUAUGCAAAGAGUCCAAUCUAAUGGACAAUGGUCAUUGUUUUGUCCAAAUGAGGCUCCUGGAUUGGCUGAUUGUUGGGGUGAAGAGUUUGAGACUUUGUACACACAAUAUGAGAAACAGGGCAAAGCUAAGAAGGUUGUCCAAGCACAGAAUCUUUGGUUUGAAAUCUUAAAAUCUCAGAUUGAAACUGGAACUCCUUAUAUGCUCUAUAAGGACACUUGCAACAAAAAAAGCAACCAGCAAAAUUUGGGAACCAUUAAAUCCUCUAACUUGUGCACUGAGAUAAUUGAGUACACAAGUCCAACUGAAACUGCUGUAUGCAAUCUAGCAUCAAUUGCUCUACCUCGAUAUGUUAGGGAGAAGGGAGUGCCAAUGGAAGCACAACCGUCGAAGCUUGUAGGCAGCAUAGGCUGUAAAAACAGAUAUUUUGAUUUUGACAAGCUGGCUGAGGUCACUGCGUUAGUAACUACAAACCUUAACAAGAUAAUUGAUGUCAAUUAUUACCCUGUUGAAACUGCAAAAAGAUCUAAUAUGCGACAUAGGCCAGUAGGGAUUGGGGUUCAGGGUCUUGCAGACACUUUCAUUUUGCUCGGCAUGGCAUUUGAUUCUCCUGAGGCUCAACAGUUGAACAAGGACAUAUUUGAGACCAUUUACUAUCAUGCUUUAAAAGCUUCAUCUGAAUUAGCUUCAAAAGAAGGUGCAUAUGAGACAUUUAUUGGCAGUCCUGUAAGCAAGGGAAUUCUUCAGCCAGACAUGUGGGGAGUGAAGCCUUCAGAUAGAUGGGAUUGGGAUGCUCUCCGGGAAAUGAUAGUGAAAAAUGGAGUCAGAAACUCACUUCUUGUAGCGCCCAUGCCCACUGCUUCGACCAGCCAGAUUCUUGGAAAUAAUGAGUGCUUUGAGCCAUAUACUUCCAAUAUCUACAGUCGUCGAGUUUUAAGUGGUGAGUUUGUUGUGGUGAACAAACAUCUUCUUCAUGAUUUGACUGAGAUGGGUCUUUGGUCGCCUGCUCUUAAGAAUAGGAUAAUCUACGAGGAUGGGUCUGUUCAAAAAAUCCUGGAGAUUCCCGAAGAACUUAAAGUUAUUUACAAAACUGUUUGGGAGAUCAAACAAAGAAUAUUGGUUGACAUGGCUGUUGACCGUGGAUGCUUCAUAGACCAGAGUCAAAGCCUCAACAUUCACAUGGAUCAGCCUAAUUUUGGAAAACUUACUUCUCUGCACUUCCAUGCCUGGUCAAGGGGUUUGAAGACCGGUAUGUACUAUCUAAGAUCACGUGCUGCAGCCGAUGCUAUCAAAUUCACAGUUGACACUUCGAUGAUAAAGGAUAAGCCAAAGGUGGUAGCCGAUGAUGAAAAUAGCAAGAUGGCACAAAUGGUAUGUUCUUUAACUAACCGGGAUGAGUGCUUGGCUUGUGGAAGUUAGGGCUCCAGCAAACAUUCUGGCCUUUGAGUUUGCUGAGGAUUCUUUCUCUAGAUUCUAAGAAUGACGUGUGCUAUGUUGAGAGGCAUUUUCGAUCAUUGGGAUAUUAUACUUGACAUUUGUGCUUCAAGGUCUUUGAAAAGUUUGAUCAUCAGAUGCUUACACUAGUGCAACUUACUGUAUAGGUCCUAGUCGAUUCGCUUUAGAUGAAAAUUAUAGGUAUUUAUUUACGAACUUCUAAUUUAUGCUUUCUUCACUGUAUUUUUUUUCUGUGUUUCAAUCUGAGGUUAUGAGAAAUGGGAAGUAAUUCAAUUUCUGUAA